CCACUGCGCCCGCCCUGUAUUCAUCUACGUCAUCAACACGCGCCAACACACCACAAGGAAAAAGCCACCACGACCUUUCAUGCUGAAAACAGCCCGAGUUCGUUUAUAAUGAGUAUUUAAAUGAUUUAAGAGGGAAUAAAGUGUGUGCUUGUGUGCUUGUGGAAGACAACACAACCGAAAUGCUUCGUUGUACUGCGCUGGUCUGCGGAAGAGGAGUCGCUAAAAGGUUCGCCUCGUCGUUCUCCAGUGAGAGCGUUCUGCCUUCCAACUUACUGCUGCCAACCAACCUGGUGGAUCCUGCCAGAUUAAAGCGUCGUCCUCCUCCUGCAGACUGCCCUCUGCCUCUUCUCCGGACGUGCGAUGCUGUCGUUCCCGCUCAUCUAAGCCCCGUGCAGACGUGGGUGGAGACUCUGGAGAAGCCGGACAGCGAGCCAUUGGGUUUGGCUCAACUCCACCCGGAUGUCUUCGCGGUGCCUCCCAGGCUCGAUAUUCUCCACAGCGUUGAAACAUGGCAGAGAAACUAUAAAAGAAUUAGUCACGCUAACACAAAAGUCCGGCCGGAGGUCAGAGGUGGAGGUAAGAAACCCUGGAACCAGAAAGGAGGUGGAAGAGCUCGACAUGGAAGCAUCCGAUCACCGAUCUGGAGAGGAGGCGGGGUGGCUAAUGGACCCAGAGGGCCGACCAGUUACUACUACAUGUUACCCAUGAAGGUCCGAGUGCUCGGACUCAAAGUGGCUCUGAGCUCCAAGAUGGCUCAGGACUACCUUUACAUCGUGGACUCUCUGAACAUCCCCACGCCCGACCCUCAGUACCUGCUGGACCACAUCAGAAACAAACACUGGGGAGAGUCGGUGUUGAUCGUCGACGUAGGGGAAGAGUUUCCUGAAAACAUCCUUCAGGCCACAGCGAACCUGAAGACGGUGAACAUCAUUCCAGCAAUCGGUCUGAACGUGCACAGCCUCCUGAAACACGAAGCCGUCGUCCUCACUCUGCAAACCAUCAAGUUUCUGGAGGAGAAGCUGCUUUGGCACGACGAGCGCUACACACCUCUGUACCCGUUUAAACUGCCCUACUCUGAUCUACCGUAG